AUGCUCCUACAAUUGCCAGUAGAGCUUCUCGUAAAAAUAUCGGAACUGCUCAGUCACGGAAGUCAGAAGAACCUUCGUCUUGUCUGCAAGUCGCUCAACGACGCCACUAUUGAGCUUGUUUUUGCAACCUUUGUCAUAAAGGUUACCGACGAUGCCCUACUGUCGCACUGUGCCAUGCUGAAGGAGCUGGCAACGCGGACCACGGAUAUCUGGAGAUACGUCAAGGUACUACGUCUAACCCAGACUACAACUCUGGAAUCGGUCCUCGCAAAUGCAAAUGUACCGCAAAAAUCAGCAAAGGGUGUUGCACCAACAUUACACAAGGCGAUUUCGUCGUUCGAAAACGUUACCGCUGUCGACUGGAAUAGUCUGAAAUCCGUCGAUGACGCCGUCAUUGUGGCUUUGAUCUCAAGUAUCUGUCGACUACCCUCUCUACAUAAGUUCACACUGUACAUGGCGACUAGGAUACGCGGUCCACUUCCCACCUUUCACCUAAAGAACCUCACGUCAUUGGAUCUCUCGUUCAGUGGACCGUCUUGGGAUGAUUUUAUCUGCAAUAGCCUGCCCAGCAUUUUGGACAAUAGCCCCGACUUAUCUUUUCUUUCCCUGGGUGACGAAACGAUUGGUUGCGCCGGUACGGUGAAUACCCUAUUUCAGAGCCUCCGUCGCCCGUUGCGAUUGAAGUCGCUGGCCCUCCACAUGAUCUUCGUGCCGCCGCCUAGUAUCCUCGCUCCUCAUUGCCAGUUCCUCACAUCCUUCGGUGUAGCACCUGCUGGAAUGCUUCCACCCAAUUUCUGGUCCGGCUUACAGAGAAGCAAUAUUCAUCUCCGUUCCCUCACUAUCGACGAUGUCAAUGCGCAGCUUUUGGAUUAUCUGAUGUCAUACACCGGCGUAGAGGAAAUCAGAUUACAAGUGCCUACAGAUGAUGCGGAGUACGACGAACUUGGCAUCAAGUUCUAUUCUGAAGUCAUACCUCAUCAUUCUGCGACAUUCAGGAUACUGAGCAUUCGACCGAAGUAUGAGGGAAUCUGGUCUUUCCAGGAAUCAAUGAUGUCCCCCAUCCUACAGUGUCGCAAUUUGGUCUCUCUCUGGUUGUCUUUGCGCUUCUCGGAUAUCAGUGACCCCAUUGAAUCAGGCGUAGUCGCAUACCUGCUGUGCUCCAUCAAGUCGUUACCUAAAAUCUACUUGCUUUCUUUGGAGUGCCCUCUGUCCUUCCCCCCUCGGCUUCCCCCAUCGGUUACCCAGAAUCGCUGGAAAGCCAAGCAUAUGAUCGCGCAGGCGAUUGAGGCUGUCAACACUAUACCUAAUCACGAUCCUUAUCUCGCCCUUCAAAUUAGUAUUGAGCCGUUCGGUUGCAGGUAUAGAGCACAUUGGGAUGCCGAGAGUGGUUUCUCGUUUUUUUAUGCUGAAACUCGUGAUACCGACGUUGUAUACUUGGGCUGA